AAUCUCGUACCACUUGACAUUGAAAUAUGAUGACGUAAUGCAAAAACCAGAAACUGUAAACACCUGAGAUGUUGACAGCUCGAGGGUUGAAGACAUCUGAGAUUGAACAUUAGCUGUAGAGAUGCCACAGUCAGGAGAUUUCAGAGCAACGUUGUUGGACAUUGAUGCUCAUUUGGAUUCCAAGGACCUUGAAAUCCUUCAGUUUUUGUGUAAAGACAUCGUUCCAUUCAGUGUGCUGGAGAAAUGUAAGAGGUGCUUGGAUGUGUUUGCUAAUUUGGAGCAAAAAGGGAGACUUAAAGAUGAGGACUCCAAGUUUUUACAAGAAUGUUUUCAUUACAUGCAAAGAAAAGACUUGAUUAGAAAACUAGGCGGAGACCCGCAAGAUCUAGAGAGGAAAAUAAAAACUGAUGGACCUAGUAUGUUAUCAGAAUUCAGGAUAUUACUGUAUGAAAUUUCUGAGGAUUGUGGAAAAGAUGAAUUUGAAAGCAUGAAAUUUUAUUCAAGGACAACUCUACAGUUAACCAAGAAAAUGCUAGAUAAAGUGACAUCAUGUUUAAGUUUGUUUAACGUGCUUGAGAGGGAGGAACUGUUGACUCCGAUUCAAGUCAAAACGAUGGAACAACUCAUAGAAACAACAGGAGAUGAAGAACUAUUGGAUUACCUGUACCAAUACAAAAACAGAAAUUUAGUAUGCUCUCCAUCUGAGGAACUUGGGGCAAUACCAGGAAUGAAGCUUGACUUGAAAAUCAACAGCUUGCCAAACACAAGUCCUAUGGUGCCACAAGAACACCAGGAAGCUCCCCAGAACCUCACAGCUCAAUCAGAGGGAGCCAAUCCACAGAUGGCCGCUUAUCCGUCACUGACCUCUAUGAAUCCUCCUGCACAGGAUGCCAUGGAUACGUUUAUGUCUCGGCAACUGUCAGAUGGCCAAUCACCCCAGGAGGAUCACGACUUUAAUGACAGCUUGAAUAGAUUCUACAAAAUGACAGCCAAGCCCCGAGGUUACUGUGUCAUUAUUAGCAACAAAAUAUUCCAUGGAAAGUCUGAUCUUAAAGAAAGAGUAGGGACAGGUGUAGAUGAAGACAAAUUGGAAAAUACUUUUGGAUCCCACCUGAAUUUCAUAGUUAAGACAUAUAGGAACUGUACAAGUGAUGAAAUUAUGGAAGUCUGCCGGAAGUAUUCCGGAAAAGAUCAUGGGAAUUUUGACAGCAUAGUAUUCUGUAUCCUGUCUCAUGGAACCACGGGGGCUGUAUAUGGCUCCGACUGUCGUAGUGUUUACAUCCGAGACAUAACGUCCUGUUUCACUGCCUCUCAAUGUCAGUCCCUGGCUAGUAAACCAAAGCUGUUCUUUUUCCAGGCAUGUCAAGGGCUUGUUCACCAGUCAGGCUUAAAUAACAUGGGAACCACAAGAAAUGUCAAUUCGGGUCUACAGACAGACACGCUCUAUGAAUCUCCAAGACCUCAAGAACCUCCAAAUGAGGAGACCACCUCUCCACCUCCCAACAUGAUCCCUGAUGAGUCGGACUUUCUGUUAGGGUAUGCCACUGUCCCGGGUUACGUAUCCUACAGAAGCAGAUCUACUGGAUCCUUCUAUAUCAAAACACUGGUAGAGAAAUUAAAGAAAUAUACACUCGGUCCAAGGAGUCAUGAUCUGGUGUCCAUUUUAACUGAAGUCAAUAAUGCCGUGAGUGAACUCCACUACAGUGACAGCCAGGGGGCGCUGUAUAAGCAGGUCCCAGCACCUCAGUUUACACUGCGCAGGAAAGUCCAUUUUGACAAAUGCUAGAUUCUAAAAACGGAAUAUAAAAUGGCCGUAAUAAUUCUGGCUUCUCUGUUUUGAAGUCUGUGACUUUCUCUCUGGAUUUUUAACAACACUUACGAAAUGUUUCAAGGCUGUGAGAAAAACUGUGUCAAAUUUUGUACAUACAUGUGUAUAUCUUUCUAUACAAAAUACUGGUUUUAUGAAUGUGAAAUUUUUAGAAUUUAAUUAAAUUUGACCAAGUAUAAUGAAAUUUA